AUGUCCAAGGGCUCCCAUUGGGCAUUGAGCCCUGUUGUCCCUCUAUAUUCAUGCUACCAGAACACCAUUAGUGACAUAGAGUGGAAUAUGGAAACGAAAAAGGCCUCAAUCACACCCGAGAAUUAUACUAGAGCCAUUAUCUCGCUCUCAAGGAGGUAUGCCAGCACAUCCGCCUUCCCGGGAAACAAUUAUGUCGACAUCGGAGAAUGGAUGCUACAGGACCGUAAGCUUCCCAACUCGGCAAAAUCAGAGGAAGAUAUUUCUCUUUUUGCAUCCAAGUCCGAGCAGCCCCAUGAUCUAGUUGUGAUAUACAGUAGUGGAGAGAAGAGAUGGGGUAUUAAACAGUACAGCCAGGAGCAGCAUGAAACGUUUUCUACUAGUACCUCCGUUAGAAAUGAAGAGGCUCUAGGACAAAUAAUCUUCAUACGGGGCUUCAUAUCGCCGUCUUGGGUGGCAGCCAUUGGAAGCAAAUACAACAUCGAUCCAGAGUUUUUCAGGCGGCAUAUGGAUUUCCUUUCUGCCAGUGUACUCAGACAUUCAUUCAGCUUCCCAUCCCUUGCCAGUUCCUCAAAUAACAUAUUUCGGCUUUGUGUGAGCACAAUUCUUCAUCGGGAGGAUUUCGGCGGACAAGACCUCCAGUCUCAGCGGUCAGAGCAAUCUACUGGGCUCAGAAACUACAAGCUACGGCAACUUGGGUCAACUAGAAUCUGCUGCGGGGACUCCCUAGUGCGUGAAUACUCUACUGUGUGUUCGAGCUUCUCAGUUAUCGAACAAUGGAUCUCUCUAUGUAUUGUGAAAACUGACAAAGGGUGGACUGUUGUAGCAUGGAUGGACCAAGACCCCGGGGCAAAUGCUUCGGCAGAAGUUGUACAAAGCACCGCAGUCCUUCCCCUUCAAUACGACUCUCUGCUCGCUCUUGUUGACCUGGCUCGUCGAGCUCGCAACGAUCCACUUUUCAUGUGUAUUCCGCUGUUUACGCACGCUGCCUUCUCCGAAGUUCAGUUCCUGAAUCUCAUGGAGUCAAGCAUUCAGAUUCAAAUAAACGCUAUAGCUGGUGGGAUCCCGGCUGAUGUUCUGGGCACACUCCAGUUCUUUUCUGAAAUCCUCAACCGACACGCCGAACAACUAAAAGAUAGUAUUCGCGCACUUCAUAAGUUAGCUGAGAGAAGUAGCCAAGUGCUAAAAGCAGACAAUCUAAUGUUCCAGGGCGUUACACCUCCCAGUCUUGGCCAGAACUCACACCGGCAGAGUUUGAGGACUGAUGGAGCCAGAACUAUUGAACCCAGCAGCUCAGAUAAUGCAUUUAGACCAAGAAGUCUCUUGGAAGAUUACGAACAGCUUUAUGAUCGUUGCAUUGACUUGUCAAAAACAUGCACCCGGGGUAUAACCCUGGCGAUGAACAAGGCCGCGAUCGAAGAGUCCCACAAAGCUAUUGAGCAGUCUGAGCGGCUAAAGAAGUUAACUCUGCUUGCUACUCUCUUCAUCCCCCUUUCAUUUACAUCCAGCCUUUUAGGUAUGAAUAUUGAUCUCCUUGGACAGAAGGCUGUGAAAUUUUGGUGGUUUUUCGUCUUGUGCAUUCCAAUAACUUUACUGGCCUACACAUUUUACCUUUGGGAUUUCCGGACUCUAAAGAAUAUUCGGAGGAGUUUAUGGAAACGCUGUCGCCAUAUUAGAGAGUUAGCCACUGGGGCUACUGCUAGUGAAAAGGACCAAAGUCAUGUUGUGUGA